AUGAAAGAAGUCAGUCGAAAUAUCACGUGCAACAUAGCACUGAGUCAUUUCGACCAGCAAAUUCGAAGCCCGACCGACAGCCCUCUAUUCAUAUCUAUCUAUCUAUCUAUCUAUCUAUCUAUUAGGUCUUUCCUUGUCUAUCUAUCUAUCUAUCUAUUAGGUCUUUCCUUGUCUGUCUAUCUAUCUAUCUAUCUAUUAGGUUUUUCCUUGUCUAUCUAUCUAUCUAUCUAUCUAUCUAUCUAUCUAUUAGGUCUUUCCUUGUCUUUCCUUGUCUAUCUAUCUAUCUAUCUAUUAGGUCUUUCCUUGUCUGUCUAUCUAUCUAUCUAUCUAUUAGGUUUUUCCUUAUCUAUCUAUCUAUCUAUCUAUCUAUCUAUCUAUCUAUCUAUUAGGUCUUUCCUUGUUUUUCCUUGUCUAUCUAUCUAUCUAUCUAUCUAUCUAUCUCAGUCUAUUCAUAUCUAUCUAUCUAUCAAUCUAUUAGGUCUUUCCUUGUCUGGCUAUCUAUCUAUCUAUCUAUAUCAGUCUAUUCAUAUCUAUCUAUCUAUCUAUCUAUCUAUCUAUCUAUUAGGUCUUUCCUUAUCUAUCUAUCUAUCUAUCUAUCUAUCUAUCUAUCUAUCUAUAUCAGUCUAUUCAUAUCUAUCUAUCUAUCUAUCUAUCUAUCUAUCUAUCUAUCUAUCUAUCUAUCUAUCUAUUAGGUCUUUCCUUGUCCGUCUAUCUCUCUAUCUAUCUAUCUAUCUAUUAGGUCUUUCCUUAUCUAUCUAUCUAUCUAUCUAUCUAUCUAUCUAUUAUGUCUUUCCUUGUCUGUCUAUCUAUCUAUCUAUCUAUCUAUCUAUCUAUCUAUCUAUAUCAGUCUAUUCAUAUCUAUCUAUCUAUCUAUCUAUCUAUCUAUCUAUCUAUCUAUCUAUCUAUCUAUUAGGUCUUUCCUUAUCUAUCUAUCUAUCUAUCUAUCUCAUGUCUCUGAAAAAGAGUAUAUUAGAACAAAAUACAUUUUUUCUUUUUUCUUUUUCUUUCUUUUUUCUUUUUUCUUUCUUUUUUUUAUUUCUUUCUUUUUCUUUCUUCUUUUCUUUUUCUUUUUAUCAUCUUUCUUUUUUCUUUUGCUUUUUCUCUCUUUCGUUUUUUCUUCCUUUAUAUUUAUUUUGCUUUUUCUUCUUAUUCCUUUUUCCUUCCUUCUUUCUUUUUCUUUUCCCUUCUUUCUUUAUUUCUUACUUUUUUCUUUUUCUUUCUUACUUCUUUUUUUCUCUUUCUUAG